UCCAUAUGAUCUAGUCCUGCAUCCAAUCCUGCAGGCUAGCUGGCUAGGUACACACUACAACCUAACGGAUGAUAACUGUGUUCAGUACUGCGCAAGCACCCCAUUGAACCCGGUAGAUCCCAUUCAUCUGUCUCUUUUAUUUCGACACCAACGCUCUCUGCAGUGACAUUCAAGUUCCUUCACCACACUCAACUGUUUCCUUACCAACUAGUUUUAAUUUUUUCCCCUAUAAAUAGAUACUCCCCAAACUCACUUAGACACACCAAAAUAACACACAGAGAGAACGAGUUCUAUUACCUAGUGUAUAACAUAUAUAGUAUUGGGAGAUCAGAAAGAGAUGGCUAAGUGGUUUAUCUUAUUGGCGGUACUAGCUCUGGCUGUGGCUUUAACUGCAAGGAAUGUUCCCAGCGAUGUUGGUCUUAAGGACCAGAAGAACUUCAUGUCUUAUGGUGGUGUUGGCGGUUAUUCCGGGAUUGGGAGCAAUGGACUGCCUUUUGGAACAGUUGGGGCCGGAGUAGGUGGUGGAUUUGAUAACGGACUAGGUGGCGGGAUCGGCGGUACUGUCAGCAUUGGAGGACCUGGUGGCGGUGCCGGAAUCGGCGCUGGUACCGGUGGCGGUGUUCUUCCUCACCCUUGAGAUAUGAUCAACAUGGAUCGCUAGCUUGUUGUUUCUUUUGAAUUAAUUAUCCUAAUGUUUUUCAUUUCGUCCAGGAAAUAAUAGUGGCUUGUGCACGUGUUGUUUAAUUUAUCAGCUAGCGAAUCAUAUUCUAGAGGAGUUUCUAGCCUAAUUAACCAUGACUUACACUAGUAUUCGUGGUUUUAUGCAUGGGAUUCAUAUGUUUCACUAAGCAUUAAUCUAUGAUGAGUUUAAGAGCAAGCUACAAGCUUCUUUUCUA